GUUGUGCAAGAGAAGGGUCAUGAAACACAAUGAUCGGAAGACUGGCUCCUUUGAUUCUUCUAAGUACAUUGUCUCUGAUUCAAACUAAAGAGACUUCUCGACAGAUCUCUUUAACUGUGGCUGAAGUUGGUGAUAAUUUUACCCUGAUAUGCCCAGUCUCUGGGGAUGAACCCGCUUUGUUUUACUGGUAUAAGCUGAGUUUUGGAUAUAUGUUCCAAACUGUUGCUGAGGGAUCUUUUAACAAAAUCACACGUAUAGGACAAUUUAACAACUCAAGAUUCACAGUUGGACGAAGCAAUACUCAGUAUGUUCUUAACAUCAGAAAUGUAAGCAAAGAAGAUGAAGCAACAUACUUCUGUCAAGCUGGAUCAGCAUACAUAAUGACCUUUAUUAAUGCCACACUUCUGGCUGUGAAAGAUCAUAGAGAUCAGCAGAAAUCUUUCUAUGUGAAACAAAGUCCAGAGACGGAGUCAGUCCAGUCAGGCAAGUCAGUGACUCUCGAGUGUUUGCUUCUCUCCAAGAAGAAAGAAAAUGAAAGCCAGUGUCCAGAUGAACGCAGUGUGUACUGGUUCAGAGAUGGAUCAGGAGACUCACACUCAGGCAUCAUUUACACUGAGAAGACCAGGAGUGAUGAACAAGACAAAAGGAGCUGUGUCUACAGUCUGUCCACAACUAUAUGGAACUCCUCUGAUACUGGGACUUACUACUGUGCUGUGGUCACAUGUGGAGAGAUCCUGUUUGGAAAAGGAACUAAAGUGGACUUAAGACAAGAACUGUACCCAGCUGUCAUUGUGCUUUGGACACUGCUGGCCUGUUGUGUGAUUGUGAUCGUUGCUCUAAUAACCUUCAGGAAUCGAAAGCCAGUUUGUCAACAUUGCAAAGGAGGAUUGACUGCUUCCUAUCAUGUUGGAAAUGAAAGAUCACCAGAGGAUCAAUCAAAUAAUAUGGAUGGUGAAGCAGCGGCACUGAACUAUGUAGCACUGGAUUUCCCCUCAAGAAAAGCUAAAAGAUGGAAGAAUAAAAGCGAGUUACCACAGGACUGUUUGUACUCUGGCAUGAGUGACUGACAGUGAACUCAUGAAGAAGAAACAUCUGAUAUGUACAUUGUCACAUAAAAUAAUUUUCACGCAGCUGUGAUUCCUGUUAAGGUGAAUAAAAUAAGACAUUGUAAUCUCAUUUUUUUGUAGCAUUGUUAUUGUUUUGAUUGAUUGAUUUUGCCUGGUUGAACGAAGAAUG